AUGGCAGAAGGACGCUACAUACACCAGCAACAGUAUGCAUUCGCCGAUGGAACGCCCUGCGCCAGCCAGCGCAGUCCACCUGCGUGGAUGCGGGAGGGAGCGCCCACCAUGCGAGACUGCCGCCCUACAGUUCGCUGGGACUCACGGAGGUGGAAUGCCAGUGUCCUGGGUCGCCCGGGAAUAUCUGGAGCUGCAGAACCUGCCAACAAAUUCCCUGACGACUUCAUCUUCGCAGCUGCCACCGCGUCUUACCAGGUGGAAGGGGCCUGGAAUGAAGGCGGCAAGGGUGAGGGCAUUUUCGACCGCAUGUUCCACACAAUUCCCAACAUCACCACCGAUGGCAGCAAUGGCGACGUGGCGUGUGACUCCUACCACAAGUACGAGAUAGACAUACAGCUCGCCAAGGAUAUGAAUGUGGACGCAUACCGCUUUUCCAUAUCGUGGCCCAGGGUUCUCCCCACUGGAGACGUCAACAACAUCAAUCCGGAGGGAAUCGACUACUACAACAAGGUCAUCGACGGCCUCAUUGCCAACGGCAUCACUCCAGUGGUGACGAUGUUCCACUGGGACUUGCCGCAGACAUUGCAAGACAUCGGGGGGUGGCCCAACCCCAGGCUGGCGGACUACUUUGUCGAGUACGCCAGAGUGCUCUACGACAACUAUGGCGACAGGGUGAAGUGGUGGCAGACGUUCAACGAGCCGGCCAGUUUCGUCUCAGGCUACUCUGGAGGCUACAUGAUCGCCCCAGGCAUCAACUCGUCAGGUGUGGGAGACUACAUGGCGGCGUACACCCUGCUCAUGGCACACGCCGGCGCCUACCACCUAUACGACGAGAAGUACCGAGAGAGCCAGAAAGGGAAGGUCGGCAUCACAAUUAACAAUAUGUGGUACGAUCCUGCCACCGACUCUGCAGCGGACAUAGAGGCAGCAGAACGUCUCGACUCGUGGAGCUCACGCCAGAGGAGGUGGAGUAUAUCAAGGAGCACUCCUUGGGCCUUCCGCAAGCUGUUCAACUGGCUCGCGCAGCACUACCCUGGCUACCCAAUCUUCGUCAUGGAGAACGGCUGGUCGGACACUGGAGAGCUCGAGGACCAGGGCCGAAUAGACUACUACGCUUCCUACUUGUCUGCUAUGCUCAAGGCUAUUAAUGAAGAUGGUGUUGACGUAAUCGGCUACACAGCUUGGAGCCUCCUGGAUAACUUCGAGUGGGGCACAGGAUUCACGACCAGAUUUGGACUUCACCAUGUGGAUUUCAACGAUCCAGAUCGCACAAGGACACCCAAGGCGUCCAGCAAAUUUCUUGGACAAAUCUUCAAAACGAAAACCCUUCCUGCUGAGUACCUAAACUAA